UUUCAGCCGGACAAGGAUAGAGACGGUGCCCGGAAAGACAGAGAAAAUGUUCGUGUUGUUGUACGUGUAAGACCUCUUAGUGACAGUGAGAGAAAGGCUAACUUCGCAUGUGCAGUUGAGAGUGAUGACCUGAAUUGUUCAGUGCUUGUUAAAAAUCGCUCUGCCCAAGCUGGAGAGCCACCAAAGGUUUUCACCUUUGAUUCAGUGUUUGGUCCAGAUUCUAAGCAGGUAGAUGUAUAUAACUUGGCUGCUCGACCCAUUGUUGAGAAUGUACUGGAAGGAUACAAUGGCACCAUUUUUGCCUAUGGACAGACUGGUACUGGAAAAACGUUCACAAUGGAGGGAGUAAGAUCAGUGCCAGAACUUAAGGGCAUCAUUCCUAAUUCUUUUGCUCAUAUAUUUGGACAUAUUGCCAAAGCAGAAGAAGAUAAAAAGUAA